UCACGAAUAUUGUCAACAUUGAACUUGAAGCGACCCAUUACAUAAUGGUGUCAUAGGAAUACGUCUCCAACACAAGUCACCAGCGCUACAGUACGCCAGUGUUGUCUUUGACUCGGAUACAACACCAGCAAAUGAAUCUUGUCUGUCAACUCAAGUUCCUGUUGUUUUUCAGACAACUUCCGGCGCAAGUGAAAACGAACGUCUGCGCAGCGAAGAUGUCUUGCCAUUCGCCAUACGACCACCUCGAAGACCUCCUACCGUCUGACCGGGCGCACCAUCCGACUUCUUCGAAACGAGUCUCAAUCUACAAUCGAAGUCUCCCAGUACUUGAUUCUCAACUAUGGUCGAGUGUCUCCGCUGCAGGCAGCUGCCGAACCACGCCUAUAUCCGCUCGUUGAACGAGCGGUCUCCUGCGACUGGCGACAUCUAUGGUGUCAAGACCUCGCUUGUUGCUCCACUGGAGAAAUUGCUAGAACUCAAUACAAGUUCCUCAAACGUCUCCGUACAGCCCAGUACUCGGAUGAGUCGCAGCCGGUCCUCCUUUACUGGUCCGUACUCCUCGGCAGGCACGACCGGAAGCAAGAUGUACUCGAAAGGAAACCGCCCGUGCCUCAUAGUCACAUACAGUGGCAAGGGCCAGGACACCGUGGACACGUGUGUCAUGGGCAACUUGGAAGGUCGAAACAUCGACAGCAUGCCACUCGUCUUCCGGCAUUUCUGCAUUCCCGUGGCUCCCAACUUCGGACCCAAUCGUACACACAUGGAUGUGCACAUUCACACUGUGCCGGAUUGGGACGCUCGUCUUGGAAAAGCCCAAUGGUUGAUCACAUUACCUCAUGCCCUUCCGGCAUAUAUGUUCCGGAAGAAGUGGACAGGAGCGAAGCGUCGCUCUCACCAUUGCGUCGAUGCCGAUAUGAUAUCCACGCUCCAUCGCAUCAGGGACCAAAAGGACGAGGAGUGGUCCCGUUGGUCUAAGGACCCCAACUUCUUGUCCAAUGCGCGGAAGGAGUAUAAAGAACAUCAAGCCGCACACAGGAACGGCAGGGCGCAAGCUAGCUUGAGGACAAAUAGCGAAGUCAGUCUGCCUACUUCAUUCGGGCGAGACUCUCUAGACCCUGUCUCGGAAGAACUCCUCGAAGAGGGUGCCGUCGAAGCGAUCCUUGGCCUCGAAGGCAGCUGCGCCACAAUGGCCACGCAAGGCGCAGCACCGCUGGCAGAGACUCCGAUCGUGAUUUCCGCGUCUGCGUCUGUGACGACGGGUCGUGCGGAGGCAGUCUCGGUCGACACACCUGCAGUCCACAGUCAGAAUGCCGGAGGCGACUCAAACAAGGACGAGGCUAGAGGGAUAUCACCGACACCGUCACAACAGACAGUCGUCGAUGAGCUGUCCGCUGCUAGUGCUCCGGUGACCGAACCGCGGAAGUCCUGAUGAUCCCGCGGAAGGUCCUGGCGGCUAUGCAUCGUCGGGCUAGUCGCCCU